AUGAAUGUAACUCCUCCAAAAGAUGGGAAUCACAGAUUCUCUAAAAAGAAUAGAUUUAAUAUGAGUAAAUCGCGAUUUCACAAAUUAAAUGAUCAUGCGCAGCGUAUAAAUGUACCGGAAGACCGCGAUUCAAUUGUUUCAAGUAACACAACCUCAAUUAUGACAGAUGAUGCAUUCGACUAUAAUGGCGGCAUAACAUCCAAUACUAAAGACGCUAAUUCUGAUAUUGACGAGAACAAUGAUAUUAUAAAAGAAGAGAACUCCAAUAAAAAGGACACUGGAUAUAAUCCUUUCUACAGUGGACCAAAUAUUAGUCAGAGGUAUACUCAAUUUAGAAAAAGAGAGUUCAAACCAACACUCUCAAAAAAUGAAACCGUGCGGUGCACAUUGGACGAAGACAGUAUAAGAAGUGAUGAAGAUGAUAAUACAGAAAACGAACUUCAUUUUACACCGAGGAUUAAAGAGCCUAGCAUACUCCGAUCAAGUUUGCUAGAACAGAGAAACGGUUUACAGGCCGGAAGUACAGUAUUGAAAGAACCGCAGGCCAAACUCAAUCCUACCGUUAAUAAUAGGAACUCCUCAAAAAGGAAGUCCAGUGCAGUACUUCGAAAACAACUAGGAAAACCGCUGCCGCUACCGUACUUGAACAGUUCGAAUGUAAGUAACACGCCUACAUUACAGAGAAGAGAAGAAGUGUUUACAGACGAAGUGGUUCAAAAGAAGAGAGAACUAAUUGAAUCCAAAUGGCAUAGACUUCUCUUACACGACAAGAAAAUGGUAGAGAAGAAGCUAGAAAGUUUAAGAGAAUAUGAGCGAAAAAGAAUAUCGUCACAAGGCAAUUAUGUCUCUAGCUCUCAGCAAGACAAUUCGUUCAAAGUUUCGACGCCGACAAAGUCUUAUGUUUCUUUAGAACAGACAUCUAUACCAAAUAUAUCUGAUAUAAAGACACCUAACAAUAUCCUCGGUAAGGAAAGAAGAGAAACAAACAACAACACACUAAAUUUUCAAGGGCAGGGAGACCCGAUACAAAGGCUACAGUCUGAGAUCGAAAUGCACACUGAAAAACUUGAUACGAUAAUAAGGUUGCUGAAAAAUGAUACCAGUACAAGCGAAGUAAAUAAAUCGACAAGUAAUGGUGAUAUAGGGCCUGGACAAAUAAAUGGCGAAAGGUGGUGGAAGAGCAUGAUGAUGAUUUGUAAAAAAUCAGGAAAUACUCUGAGAAAGUAUAGGGAAUAUUUCUUAUGGACAUUUUGUAUUUUUAUAUUGUUGUAUUGCAACAUAUAUGUGUAUUAUAAGCUCUAA